AAGUCAGUGGUCAGCGUUUGCAUCGUGGUCUUCAAGAAUUUGGCGCGGAGAGAGAAAGCGGUUCAUCUCACUACUUUACCGUUUAUCCUUAUCUAUAUAAGAAUCAUCCUCCAUAUAAUCAACAGCUACUACUAGUGCAUCCCGUCAAGAGAGGCUUGCAGCAAUAAGUWAAWAUGGAGCUAAAAAUAAUCCUUCUAAUGCUUGUGAACAUCGCCAUUGCCACAUCUGAGCUAUACCAAGAUAUUGAUUACGAAGACUUCAUAAAUGAAGAUGAUGGAGGCACGAAUAAGAUUGAGCCCCGAUUACCCGGGUACAAUCUGGUUAUUCCACAGCUUGACCCGGCCGACUGCCAGUUCAAGACAAUCAAGAAGUGUAACCAAAAGUUUAAAAGCAUGUUUCAUGGCGUGAAUCUUCGAGCUGCGUCUAGUGAUAAAGAGCUCUACUGCAAGGGUAUCCAGGCGUUUAUGGACUGCUUGGAAGAAACAAACUGUCGAGGAACAUUUAUUGAUAAUUACAGUUAUGUGAUUCUCCAGCAUGGCAUGAUGGACCGAAAGACUCACUACUGYCCCAAUCAUUCUUAUGGCAGUCUCGUUAACAAAGUGAAAGCAAUAAUUUUAAAGCAUCGCUUCAUUGAUGACAUUGGUGCCGAGUCUUCUUCUGCGGACUGUUCAUCCAAGGUACACAUCAAAUGUGCGCAUGUCUUAACCAAUCGAAUGAAAACUGAYAGCAACAUGUGCAAAGAUAUUCAGACGUUCAUCGAYUGCUACAAGCUGGAGUCUACCACAUGUCAAUCAACMMUCGUCCAACACUUUGCUCAUCUGUGCAGCAAACUAGGCGAAAGGAUGUUGAAGGCCAAUGAAAAACACAGGGGAAUGAUGUGUUAGAUCGAUUAUUAUAUCAUAUUAUAAUCAUUGUAAGAGUACUAUUGAUAUAUAUGUAUGUUACUACAUGAUGAUUUCCAUUCGUAUUAAGUAAAAUUACUGAUAAUUCAAAAUGAUAAAAACAAUAAAAGUAAAAAAAAAAUGUC